AUGGCCCCUUCGCUAUCCCCGCGCCAGAUUUUCUAUGACGGCAAGCCGCAAGCCGCCUCGUCUGGCCGGUCUUUCCAAUCCAUCAACCCCGCCGACGCCACAUUGCUGGCUGAACUUCCUGUCGCCUCACAAUCAGAUAUCGACGCUGCGAUCGCAAGCGCAGACAGCGCAUUUUCCUCUUGGUCGCGAACCCCGCCCAUUGUUCGGGCCCGUAUUCUCCAAAAGGCCGCAGCCCUCCUCCGCGAGCGCAAUGAUGAAAUCGCCCGCGUUGAGACUCUGGAUUCCGGCAAAGCCUACUCAGAAACGAGUACCGUUGACGUUGCUACUGGAGCCGAUGUGUUGGAAUAUUACGCGAACCUUGUUGGUGGUGGUGGCCUGAAUGGGGAGACCACCCAGCUUCGAGAAGAGGCGUGGGUGUACUCGAAGAAGGCGCCUCUAGGAGUCUGCGUAGGCAUUGGCGCGUGGAACUAUCCUAUUCAGAUCGCACUGUGGAAAUCUGCUCCCUGCCUCGCGGCCGGAAACACCAUGAUCUACAAGCCCAGCGAAUUCACCUCUCUCCACGCUCAAACCCUCGCCGAAAUCUAUAAGGAAGCUGGCCUUCCCAAUGGUGUUUUCAACGUUGUUUAUGGUGCAGGCGAUGUCGGGUCCUACCUUUCCUCCCACCCUACCAUCGCCAAGGUCUCCUUCACCGGCCAAGUCUCGACUGGCAUGAAGGUCGCCGGGUCCGCAGCUGGCAACAUGAAAUAUGUGACCAUGGAACUAGGUGGGAAAUCGCCUCUCCUCAUUCUUCCAGACGCAGACAUUGAAAACGCCGUCGAUGGCGCCAUGAUGGCCAACUUCUACAGCACAGGCCAGGUCUGCACAAACGGUACACGGGUUUUCAUCCCCAACUCUAUGAAGAAGGAAUUCGAGUCUCGUCUCCUUGAGAAAAUGCAGUAUAUACGGCCUGGUCCGCUAUUUGACGAGAACACCAACUUUGGCCCGCUUAGUUCGGCCGUUCACCAGGAGAAGGUCACAGCUUAUAUCCGCCACGGUAUCGAACAGGAUAAGGCUACCCUCCUCUAUGGGGGCCUCGGCAAGCCUUCCCUCCCAAAGGAUCUAAAAGCAGGCUUUUGGGUCCGCCCAACAAUCUUUACCGAUUGCACAGACGACAUGCGCAUCGUCAAGGAGGAGAUCUUUGGCCCUGUAAUGUCGAUUUUGACCUAUGACUCAGUAGAGGAGGCAGUCAAGCGCGCGAACUCGACGGAGCUCGGUCUCGCCGCCGGUGUCUUUACCAAGGACCUCAGCCUGGCGCACCGCAUCAUUGACCAGCUCGAGGCCGGUAUCACCUGGGUCAACACCUGGGGCGAGAGCCCUGCUGAGAUGGCGGUUGGUGGAUGGAAGAAGAGUGGUCUUGGUGUUGAGAAUGGUCGUAGAGGUAUUGAGGCUUGGGUGCGCAACAAGAGCACACUUGUCGACAUGGGCAAUGCAGUUGCGACUGUUUUCGCGAAGCUGUAA